AUGACCAGUGCUAUCGGUGAACGGAAGGACAUUUGUUAUUGUCACUGUUGUGGCGGGGGCAGAGAGAGGGAUGGAAGAAAGGACGGCGACCCAGAUGGUGUGGUGGAUGGAUUCACGGACGGUACAGACGAUGGGCUCUCUGAGGGUUUGGCAGAGAUUGAGGGCGCAGAGGAUGGCACAGUAGAAGGCUUGUCAGACCCAGUGGGAACGUUUGAAGGCUCUAUCGAUGGACUCUGUGAUGGACUCUGUGAUGGACUAUGUGAUGGAACAGACAAUGGGGACCCUGAUGGUUCCAGAGAUGGCUUAGAUGAAGGUACAGUUGAUGGGCUCUCUGAGGGAGUAGAUGAUGGCCACCCUGAGGGUUCCAAAGAUGGUCUAGAUGAAGGAUUCGAGGAAUCCGACGGUACAAAGGAUGGAACAGCUGAAGGCUUCGACGACUCUGAGGAAGAAACAGAAGGAGUAGAAGAUGGCGACCUUGAUGGUGCUGUCGAUGGCGACAUCGAAGGCGUAGAAGAUGGACCAAGAGAAGGUUUAGAAGGCGUAGAAGAUGGACCAAGAGAAGGUUUAGAAGGAAUCGAAGGAAAGGAUGAUGGGACUGCUGAAGGUCCUGUUGAUGGAUUCUGUGAGGGAAGAGAGGAUGGGGACAGUGAUGGCAACAAGGAUGCUGUAAAUGAAGGCACGGUGGAUGGGCUCAUUGAGGGGUUAUUGGUGGGGUUUCCAGGUGUCACUGUUGGAUUCUUGGAGGGUGAAAUUGAAGGACCCAGUGAUGGAAUUGCCGAUCGAGUAUUAGUAGGAACCAAUGAUGGCAUGGUAGAAGGCUGAGGUGUUG